AGGAGAAGGAGGCCGCGAGGAGGAGCCGCUCGCGUCUUUCCUGCCCGUUUGAAUGCCCGCGCGGGAAGAUGGCGGCCGGGAAGGCGGGCCUGGGCCCGGGCCCGGCGGCGUCCCCUCAGCCUUCAGUCCAGCCGAGGGGGCCCGUGUUGAGCCCCCCGCCGGGCCUGGAGCGCUCCCUGCGCCUCUCAGGCCAAGGUCUGCACAUGAAUAUACCUGAUGACCAAGCUGAUAAACUACUGUUAGCAAGCUGGGGGCUUCCCAAAGCAGUCUUGGAGAAAUACCAUUGCUUGGGAGUAGAGCGUAUGUUCCAGUGGCAAGCAGAGUGCCUAAUGGUUGGACAGGCCCUCGAGGGAAAAAACUUGGUUUACUCAGCUCCUACAAGUGCUGGGAAGACUCUCGUAGCUGAAUUACUCAUCUUGAAGAGAGUGCUAGAAACUCGCAAAAAGGCUCUGUUCAUCCUACCUUUUGUCUCUGUGGCCAAAGAGAAGAAAUUUUACCUGCAGGCUCUCUUCCAGGAAGCUGGUGUCCGAGUGGAAGGCUACAUAGGCAACGUUUCCCCAGCUGUCGGUUUCUCUGCCCUGGAUGUUGCUGUCUGUACUAUUGAGAGAGCCAAUAGUCUGAUCAACAGACUGAUAGAAGAGAACAUGAUCGACUUACUGGGAAUCGUGGUUGUGGAUGAGUUGCAUAUGUUGGGAGAUUCUCAGAGAGGGUAUUUACUGGAACUCCUGUUGACAAAAGUUCGCUUUUUGACCGAGCAGACGAAAGACAAACAGAAACACAAACUGCUUUCAGACAGGAUACAGAUUGUAGGCAUGAGCGCUACCCUUCCUAAUCUGGAUCUCCUGGCAUCCUGGUUAGAUGCCGAUCUGUACCGCACAGAUUUCCGUCCUGUGCCGCUUAUGGAGCAGUUGAAAAUUGGCAGCAAAGUUUAUGACUCCUCAAUGAAAACAGUGAGAGAAAUCCAGCCUCUCCCACAUGUGAAGGGAGACGAGGACCACGUGGUGAGCUUGUGUUACGAGACCGUUCAGGAUGGCCAUUCCGUCCUUGUGUUCUGCCCAUCGAAGAACUGGUGCGAGAAGUUGGCCGACAUCAUCGCCAGGGAGUUCUUCAGAAUCCAUCAGGAAUGCCUUCAGAAAACCUCCAGUCUGUCUCCGGUUGCUCUGGACACUCAAGGGAUAGAGCAGUUGAUGGGCCAGCUGAAACGUUCCCCUUCUGGCCUGGACUCUGUGCUUCAGCAGACUAUAAAAUGGGGAGUCGCUUUUCAUCAUGCAGGUCUUACUUUUGAUGAACGAGACAUCAUUGAAGUAGCGUUUCGUCAAGGAGUGCUGCGAGUCUUAGCAGCAACCUCUACGCUUUCUUCUGGGGUGAACCUGCCUGCCCGCCGGGUAAUUAUCCGAACUCCACUGUUUGGCGGCAGGUUACUGGAUGUCUUAACUUACAAACAGAUGUCUGGGAGAGCUGGAAGGAAAGGUGUAGACAUAGUCGGUGAGAGCGUUCUGGUGUGCAAACCUUCAGAGAAGACGAAAGGGGUUGCGUUGCUUCAGGGCUGCCUCAAGCCAAUCCGUAGCUCUUUGCUCAAGCAGGAGGGAGAAGAGGUUACAUCCAGUAUGAUACGAGCAAUCCUGGAGAUCAUAGUCAGCGGAGUGGCUAGUUCUCCAGAAAGUAUCAAGACAUAUGCUUCCUGUACGCUCCUUGGUGCUAGUCUCAAAGAUAACCAUCCGGACAGUGGGAAGGACCGGGAGAAAAUUUGCCACGGGGCCAUUGAUGCUUGUGUGAAAUGGCUGCUGGAGAAUGAAUUCAUCCAGGUUUUAUUCUCUGAUGCAGGCAAAGAAACGUAUUGUCCAACACAUCUUGGGUCUGCCACCCUCUUUUCCUCCUUCUCCCCAAUCGCAGCCCUGGAAAUCUUUGCCGAUCUCCAGAGAGCAAUGAAGAGUUUUGUUUUGGAAAGCGAUCUGCACAGUCUCUACCUGGUCACUCCAGUAUAUGAAGACUGGGCCAAAAUUGACUGGUACCAAUUUUUCUGCCUGUGGGAGAAGCUGCCGGCCUCGAUGAGAAGAGUGGCGGAGCUGGUGGGGAUUGAAGAGAGCUUCCUGGCUCGCUCUGUGAAGGGCAAGAUCAUGACAAGGACAGAGAAGCAGCAUCGGCAAAUGGCUAUCCACAAAAGGUUCUUCACGAGCCUGGCUCUUUUGGAUUUGAUAAACGAGGUUCCUCUGAAGGACGUGGCUAAGAAAUACAGCUGCAGUCGCGGGCAGCUCCAGUCUUUACAGCAAUCUGCUGCGACUUAUGCAGGGAUGAUCACUGUGUUCUGUAACCGCCUGGGUUGGCACAGUAUGGAACAGCUGCUGUCUCAGUUUCAGAGCCGCCUCUUUUUCGGGGUCCAGAGAGAGCUCUGUGACCUGGUCCGGAUCUCUCUGCUCAACGCCCAGUGUGCCCGGGCACUUUAUCAAGCUGGAUUCGUCACCAUCGCUGACCUGGCAAAAGGACAAAUUGCUGAGGUGGAAAAUGCCUUCAGGAAUGUGGCACCGUUCCGGAGUACUCGGAGGGCGGUGGACGAAGACGACCAAGCUGCGGAGGAGCGCCUGAAUGCCCACUGUAUCUGGAUGGCUGGAUGGAAGGGUUUAACUGAGCGCGAGGCAGCCCACCUUGUUGUGGAAGAGGCUCAGACUCUGCUGCAGCAGGAUUUGGCCGCUCUGGGGGUGCAGUGGGACCCUGAUUCAUCCGUCUUACCAGAGGCGUCUUUCACAGCUUCCUUUAUAAGCAGCAGACUGGAGGAGGAGAAGCGGCGAGUGAGCAGCACGCGAGCAUUCGGGAACAGCUGCGGCAUAAACGGGCCUGGCAAAAGUGCCAGUUCUCCGUGUGGGAAUUCAUCAGCUAUCAAGCCUAGAAAUGAGAGACUGCUGGAUGUUAGUUCAGCAAGCAAGAAACUCCAAGAGGAGGCUUUGAUGGAUGGGGCCCCGACGGAGGCAAGAAACGGUGACGCAUUCUCUAGAGUAAGGAAACGUCCAAAUCUAGACAAAGAUGGAGAAAACGUGACAGAUACUUCUGUGGUGCCAAAGUUGGACUUGGGAGAAGCACUGAAAAGCUCUGAACAGAGGAAACGGCCCCGCUUGAAAGCUCACAGUGCAAUGAAAUAUAGAAAAAAGGCUGGAAUUCCUUUAAAACUAAGUAAUAACAGGACGGCAAGUGCUAAACUGAGUCAGACUCAGGAGCCGGUCGUGUAUAAGCCCUUUCUGUCCUCAGAAAAGCAUCCGCGAAGAGUAGAUGAAGUGACGUUAGAUAAUCUGGGAGGAGCUGAUAAAGUAGCUGCUCGGACAAAUGAAACUCAGCAAGACAGCCGAGAGGUUGUGCAAGCAUUGUUCGUUGGACCUGUAAAAAGCCCCGAAUCUGAAUACGCAUCAACAGUCAAUUGCCGUGCUGUUCAACCUGCUACGAACUGUGUGGUCAGAGAUGUUUCUGCCGUUAAUGGCAGAAUGGAUGUUACAGAAGAAUUAGUGAUAUCUAAUAAGGCAUUGAAACAGGGAGGUGGCUGGGACAAAACUCAGCAAGGCAAGACUAACACUAAGCGCUUAAUCGCUGAAAAUAAAAUAGACCAAAUCAGAAGUGCUUGUAUCGAAGAAGCAAACGAUGCUGCUGACAUACGUGGAAAUGAGCAGAAAACAGUUGGAGGGUGUCAAGAGAAGGACAAAAAUAGCCCUGGAAAAUCCUGUGGGACAUCGUUACAAACUGCAGAUGUGGGCAUAGGGUAUGAACACUCCAGUCGUUGCCAGAAAGGUACUGACUAUCUUAAAAAUGGUUGUUCCCCUGACCUGUGCCUGGGCUUUAAAGAAUUUGAAGACAGCUUCCAGUUAGAUACUCAAACAGAGAGGAUGCUGCAGCAACAGACGACCACCGAAACCGCUGAUGAGAAAGGAGUAAAAGAGAGAGCCAACCCAGAACAGAAAAGCUUAAUUUGCCCAAGGCGUGUUGCCACUUCCAAAAUGGAUGCUGCGCAGGCCACGGAAAAUCUAGCACACAGGAUAUCGGGAACAUGCCACCCGGAGGAGAGCGAAGUAGCCAGCCACUUAAUAUGCACAAAAGAGGCCAGCUCUGAGACCUGUCUUGUGAAGCCUGCUCGGGAACACCCAGAAAUGCCAGCUUGCCUUGAAGGAGAUAGCUUUUCUGUCACUGACUCGCAGUUGCACAGCUUCUUGCAGGGCUAUCAGACUCCAGAUGUAGCAGCAAGGCAGGAGUCUCCCGGUCUUCCUGAAAAUGCAUCCCUGUCCCACAACCAAAACCUUCCUCUGAAUAAUAGCAGCAGUUUUCUGUUUGACGAAAGCUUCAGUCGCCUUAGUCACCUUUGGGAUGUUCAUAGGGAUGAAGCUGCUAUGGCAGGGGCUCUUCCGCAGCAGAAUGGUGUCCUUCCUCCUUUAAAAAGUCCUUCCGGGUCUGAUGGUCAGAACCAGGGGUCAGCUAAACACAUGUCUCAUGCUGGCCUGGACGAUGCUCAGGGACCCGCAGGGUACAGUGACCACGAAUCUCUUCUUUUCUCAGACCCAGAUUCCUUCUACCUCGCAGAAGGACUAGAUAGCACAGCUGUGCCUCCUUUUGUGGGAGCCGUCUGUACAAAACUGAAAAAGCUAAAUGGGGAAACGGGUGAUGCGGAUGCUGGAGGAGGGGUGAGUGACAACCAGCCAAAAGAUGUUGUAGGAAAAAACCCUUGCCCAGCGGUUCAGAGUCGCUUAUUCUUGGACUUAAGCCCAGGAAUGCAAGAGGUUUUGGAUCAAUGGCCCAGCCCUUCUAUCAGUAAACAUGAUGCAGGUCCAGGAAACAAUUUGAGAGGAGAAAUCCCCAGCAAAAAUCCGCAGGAGUUGUUAUCCUCUUGCAAAGAUUUAAACAAGCGCAGGAUUAAAGAGGUGGCCGGUCGGAGUAAGGUCUGUGGAUCUUUGCCAGAUAACAGAGCUGGAAUAUCCGAGCCAGCUGGGAACAAGGGACUUCUUUCUCGAAUUAUCCGUAUGGAGCCAACCUCUCGCUGGCUGGAGCAACCCUUGGGGAAGCAUGCAGAAUCAGGAAAUACUAACCCCACAAACCAAGUUCCACAUCUUCACCUCUUGCAGAACUCGAACCUUGGUUCGUGCCCGCAAGAAGGAACGUUGCAGUAUAAACCAGAAAAUGGAGACCAGGAUGAGAUUCCACCCGAGGAGGAUACUUCGAUUAUAGAUGAAGGCUUUUCGUUGCAGUUAUCCCAAGACAAUGUUCCAUCACUACCGAGCAGUGCUGACAACUUCACGAUAAUCGAUGUGGCAAAUGCCCAGGCUCUCUUCCAAACCUUCGCUGAAGAAUGGAGGACGAAAAAGAGAUUUGCUAUCUCCGUGGCUUGUGAGAGGAGAAAAGGCUGCUCUUCUCUCAGGUCGGGCGUUGGCGCAAAAUUUAAGCCAGGAAAGAGUUCCCAGCAUCAAGAUGAUGGAUUUCCAAUCGAAGGCACGGAAGGCCUGUUGGUAGUUGGACUGGCUGUGUGCUGGGGUGGAAAGGAUGCUUAUUACAUCUCGUUGCAAGAGGCAGCGCCCGAGCAAGCUGAGAUCCACGCCAGUUUGGCGCCACCUCCCCUGGAUCCGAACCUGCCCGUGGCGGAACGGCUGCGGCAACUUCGGCGCUGCCUGCAGGAGUCCAAGAAGGACUUUUUGGUUGCCAUGUACGACUUCGUUCAGCACUACAAGACUCUCUUAAAGGCUUGCAGCAUCUCUUUGGCGGGCCGUUUCGAGGACCCAAAGGUGGCCUGCUGGCUUCUGGAUCCUGGGUCUAAAGAGCGCUCCCUUCACAACAUGGUCACCAACUUCCUUCCCCAGGAGCUUCCUCUGCUCAAUGGAAUUGGGACUGGUCAAGGAAGGCAAAGCCUGGGGCUCAGCGCCAGCACUGAUCAGUCCGGGCGGUACAGGGCAGCCGUGGAGUCAGUGCUGGUCUUCCACAUCAUGGAUCUACUCAACACUCUGUUGCACAAAGACAACUUGCAAGACGUUUUUCGCACAGUGGAGAUGCCAAACCAAUAUUGCUUGGCUUUACUGGAGCUCAACGGCAUGGGUUUUAGCACAGCGGAGUGUGAGACUCAGAAACAUGUCAUGCAAGCCAAACUGAAUGAGACCGAGAAGCAGAUAUACCAGCUGGCUGGCCACACUUUCUCCUUAACGAGUCCUGAUGACAUUGCUGAGGUGUUGUUUUUGGAGCAGAAAUUGCCACCGGAUGGCGAGACCAAACCGCAACGGGGCAAGAAAACGUUGGGCUACACCAGAAGGGCAACCACCAAUGGAAAUCGGGUCAGACUGGCCAAGCAGUUCAGCACCACCAAGGAUGCUCUAGAGAAGCUGAAGGCUCUGCACCCGUUGCCAGGCCUGAUUUUAGAAUGGAGGAAGAUCACCAAUGCGAUCACCAAAGUGGUGUUUCCCCUGCAGAGGGAGAAACGCUUGAAUCCUGUCCUGGGCAUGGAGAGGAUCUAUCCUGUUUCUCAGACUCACAGCGCUACAGGGCGCAUAAGCUUUAGAGAACCAAAUAUACAGAAUGUGCCAAGAGACUUUGAGAUUGAAAUGCCAACUUUGGUGGAAGAGAGCCCGACAUCUCCAAGAAAACGCAACCGACUCAGUUUUCUAAGAAGCGGAGCCAAAAAGCGCUGUGUCUUACCGUGUGAGCCUAAGAGUCCGACUGAAGAGUCGCCAAAGGGAAGAAAAGUUCCAUUUUCUGUCAGCAUGAGACAUGCCUUUGUUCCAUUUCCAGGUGGCUUGAUUUUGGCUGCUGAUUACUCCCAGCUUGAGCUGCGCAUCCUCGCUCACUUGUGCGGCGACGGUCGGCUCGUGCAGGCCUUGAACAGCGAGGCAGACGUCUUCCGAAGCAUCGCGGCUGAGUGGAAGAUGAUCGACCCGGAGGCUGUUGGGGAUGAUUUGCGGCAGCAAGCCAAGCAGAUCUGCUAUGGAAUAAUAUACGGAAUAGGAGCUAAAUCGCUAGGAGAGCAGAUGGGAAUUAAGGAUGCCGAUGCUGCCCGCUACAUCCAGUCUUUCAAAUCAAGAUACCCUGGUAUUCCAAAGUUCUUGAAAGAGACGGUGGAGAAGUGCAGCCAGGUUGGAUUUGUCCAGACCAUUUUGGGCCGGCGCAGAUACUUGCCAGGUAUUAAGGAUCCCAACCCUUACAGGAAAGCUCAGGCAGAGAGGCAGGCUGUGAACACAGCUGUCCAGGGCUCUGCAGCUGAUAUCGUCAAAAGAGCUACGGUCAAUAUUCAGGGCCAGCUGGAAGCUUUACCUUCAGCUGUGAAAUCAUACGGACAUCUGGAAAGCUCCAUCCAGAAAAAAUGGAGAGGAAAAUCAUGCCGGGCCGAAAAGAGGCAGAUAUCGUAUCCCAGCUGUGGGGGGUUCUUCAUCCUCCAGCUCCAUGACGAGCUGCUGUAUGAGGUUGCAGAAGACAGCAUGAUUCAGGUCGCACAGAUCGUUAAACACGAAAUGGAAAAUGCUGUGAAACUCUUGGUGAAGCUGUCAGUGAAAAUCAAAGUGGGACCCAGCUGGGGAGAGCUGCAAGAGCUUGAGUUAUGAACACAAGCUGCAUGUUGGACCCCGAAUUUCUCUGGCAACAAACCUGCUAACUGAUUUGAUUCCCCACACAACUAGGUGCUCUUCUUUUUAAUGGCAGCGAUGAAUUGGACUUGUCAGAUGUAUCUGGAACUCUAAAUGAAUUUAUCCAGGGAAACUUUUACUAGGACAUGUUUUUAUUUCUAAUUACAACAAGCCGCAAAAAGCUAAGCAUUUAAAUAAACCUUAUUAAAAUAUUUUCAAGCUCAGGCAUACACUAUUUCUGAACAAAAAAAAAAUCACUGUAAUCGCUUUUUAAAAAAUUGCCUCCUUUUAAAGAUGCAACCAGACUUUGGUGUCUUCCUGUUUUGUCACGUAAAAAGCUGUUGUGUGAAAGUUCAGAUGUUUGUCUUCCAUAAAUCCCUUCGCCAAGCUCACAAUAGUGUGCGUGACAUGAGAUAGCUGUAUGUAUCGGGCUUCAAGAUUCCAGAUUUAUCCAUCCUUUUUUGUGGUGGAAAGUUUCCAGGAAUAAGUUAUAUAUUUGUACAACCCUAUGCAAAUCUUUUCCCCUGCGGGCAAGAGUUCUAGAAAUGAUUACAUGAACUCCUACAUUUUUAUACAGAACUGACUCCCAGUUGGAGGGCCGUUGGUUAAAGAUUAGAAGACAUUCUUCUGGUAAGCAAUCUAUUUAUUGCCUCGUCCUGCUUAAAGGCACUUUCCGUUAUGAAGUAGCAAAGGAAAUAAAUGAAUUUAUUAUUAAGGGAAAUUCCUGUCUCCUUUUCCAGUUUGCUAAGGUUUCCGACGAGUUUUUUAAAACAAUGGACUAAGUUAUUUGCUUUGUAAUGUAAGAUGGAUGAACACAGUAUGGGUAAUAAACUAAUUUGUACAUCA